AUGGAACCUUCAAUUUCUUCAUGGCUAUUCAGAAUCUUCAUCACCUUUUUCAUUUGCUUUCUGGGGUUUGCUUCUUCGGAUUCUUCUCGUAUGCCUACUAUUACUAUGAACUCUACAGCUGAGUUUCAGAACCACACCGCGAUAUCGGAGUUUCGGAUACUGAACAGAAAGGCUUUGGGUGAUUGUCCUGAUCCAAACCCUUAUCUCCAAAUCAACGUCAGCUCCAAAUCUGGCCUCUCCGACGAAGAAUAUGUCUCUGUUACUCUGAGCGGAGUCUUGGUUCCUGCCGAUAGUGAUUGGGUUGCCAUGAUCACACCUGCUCAUUCUGAGGUUUCAAGUUGUCCUUUUAAUGGUAUUCAAUAUCAGCAGACUGGAGAUUUUAGCAAACUUCCUCUUCUCUGCCAUUAUCCUGUAAAGGCGCAGUAUGUAAGCAAUGAUCCAGAUUACCUGAGUUGCAAGAAGAAGGAAUGCAAGAAAUAUAGAAAUGGUGUGUGUGUUUUAACCACCUGCAGUGCCUCCUUAAAAUUUCAUGUCAUCAACUUCAGAACAGACAUUGAGUUUGUGUUCUUCGCCGGUGGAUUCGAGACGCCUUGCAUUUUGAAGAGAUCUAACGCAUUGAGUUUUAACACUCCGAAAAUGCCAUUGUAUGGACAUCUCUCAAGCAUUGAUUCAACCGGAACAUCGAUGAGAUUGACAUGGGUCAGUGGCGAUAAAGAACGUCAACAAGUUCAAUAUGGAGAUGGCAAGUCUCAGACAUCAGCUGUUACUACAUUUUCACAACAUGACAUGUGCA